AGAAACAUUCAGCUGGUCAGUUACAGCUCCUCUGCCAGUGAUCUCCAAACAGAUAGCAGCAUUUAUUACAGAAACACCUUAAGCUAAACACUGUCACAGUCACGCUCUUGUUUCAGUUUCUUCAAAACUACUUUGCAGAAUACGUUUUAGAAUGUCUGAAUCCACAUCCAUUAUGGAGUUUAGUGGGACGCACCAAGCCUUUAGAGACCGCUGGGCAAAGACAGACGAUGAGAUGUGCAAGCACAGUAUGUCUUUCCACUUGCACAACACCCUGAGGAAGGAGUUCUUCGCUAGCUACCUGUAUCUCCUCGAGCAGAUUCAUCUGGUGAAACUCUAUGCCGUGACUUGUGAGUACAUUAAAGGGGAGAAGCAGUUUUACUACAGGGCACAAAACUUCUACAAGGACGUCCCAGCCUCAGAGGAGGGCAUGAUGGGAGAUUUCGUGGAGAUAUCUGAGAUUGACCUUGAUGGCUCAAGACAAUUCCUAAAGAAGUUUGUUGGUCCAGGGAAGGCCGGCACCAAGCGUGCAUUAGACUGUGGCUGUGGAAUUGGGAGAGUGUCAAAAGGAGUUCUGUUUCCUGUUUUUGAAUCCAUGGAGAUGCUUGACAUGAUGGAAGAGUUUAUCCUCCAUGCUCAUGAGUGUUACCUUGGAGAUUACGCGGACCGGGUGGAGGCCUACUACCUUUACAAUUUGCAGGAAUUUAUCCCACCUCCAGAAAGAUAUGAUGUCAUAUGGAUGCAGUGGAUUGCCUGUCACCUUACUGAUAAAGACCUGAUGGAGUUUUUAACUCGUGCAAAGCAGAGCCUGAGGCCCAAUGGUGUGAUCAUCAUCAAGGAUAACAUGGCGCGGCAGGGCUGCAAGCUGGAUCCCAUUGACAGCAGCAUCAUCCGCCACCUGGACAUCAUGAAGAGCAUUAUUCAGAAAGCAGGUCUCACCAUACUGGACGUGGAGAAACAGGAAGGCUUUCCUGAGGUUGUUGUGCCUGUAUGGAUGAUUGCCAUGCACUGAACCUCAGACUGCUUAAACGAAAGUGGUUGUUCAGAAAUAGAGGGUGUUUAUAAGUUUUUGGAAGGAGAUACUUUGUUCACAGUGCUUUGUACAUGCACUUUUCUAUACUGUUAUGCAAAGGGAAAAUACAGUAACUACACAUUUUGUCAAUAAGUUAUGACUAAACUUCAGUCUUUUAGAGGGCUCAUCUAUGCUCAAAGUGUGAAAAUUGCUGGAACUAAUUCACACUUAAAUGACAUACUGUAAAAAUUGUUAUUGUUUGGUGUAGUUACUGCGUUUUGCCUUUGUGGGACAUUAUAGUUUACAUUAUACAGUAUAUUAUAAAUGCAUAGUAUGUUUGGUUCCACUUUAUAUUAAGUAUCUUUAACUACUAUGUACUUAAGAAUUUGAUACAAUGUACUUAUUAUGUACAUACUUGUUGCAUUGUACUUACAUUUAAAGUACCUGCAUUUAAUUACAUCUGUAUUUACACUGUUAACCUUAGCUCUAACCCUUAACCUAACCCUUACCCUAAAACCUAACUCUAACACCUAAUCUCAACCUCAACCCCAUCCCUACUCCUAAACCUACCUGUACCUCAACCUCAGUAGCAGCAAAUGUGCUUCUUGUGAGAAUUUUGCAGAACAACAUGUAAUUACACAGUAAACACAUUGUAUUGAAUGUAUUUUAAUGUUAGUACAUAGUAGUUAAAGACACCUAAUAUAAAGUGAGACAAUAUGUUUUAUUCCAUUUACCAGCUAAUAUGUUAAAGGGUGGUGACUAAUUCUUAAUGUAGGAUAAUCUUUUUUUUUUUUUUUUUUAACGAACGAAGGAAAAAAAGAGAAAUUACAUUUUAUUUACUCUAGUAGCUUUUUUAAACUAUCAGGCUGUUUUAUUUGUACAGCAUGUUGCAAAUUUGUAUUGUUUUAUUCAUAGCAUCAUAUACUGUAUAUGUAAGACUAAGAUCAUUUAAAAGGGAGUGAAUAUAUUUCUGCUGUGAUUUAAAAACAAAUUUUUUAUGUCCAUUGUCAUUGAAAUGGAACACUUAAAUGCAGACAAAUAUAACUGUACUGACCUUUUCAGUGUAUUUAGUAUUUUGUACUUUUAGUAUCACAAUGUAAAACAAUAUAUUUAUUUUUUUAUAAGAAACAAAUGCUUUUGUCUCUGUUUGUAAGUGACAGGAUUAAGUGUAAUAUAUGUUAUUGCCAUUGUAUUUCUUUUUGUACAGUACAGACAUGUUUGUCAUUCUCAUUAAUGAAAAGAAUACUAUAUCAAUGACAUGUUCUUUAAGUACAAAAGUAAAUCACAAAAGAAAUUAACCACACGAAUGAACUUUUCUUAAAGGCAUACAGUAAGUCAUCAUGUCAAAAUGCUUCGAAAGGAUAUGGGAGUCUAAUUUCCCUAUUAUUUAUGGGGCAAAUUGGGAAAAAAAAAAAAUCUGUACAAUUCAUGAAUUCUGUAAAAAUAAAUUCCGUACUAUUAUAGCUUUUAUUGGAACUUGGCAUUGCGAUAUUGCAGACUGAUUUAGGUAUGUCAAAUUAUUUGAAAUCUUCCUUAUUUGUAUUUCGCUUUGG